AAAAAGGAAGAAGAAGGAGGUUGGGGUAUCGAAAUCGAAUAGAGAAGGGGAGCCAACGAGAGGUUAGGGCGCUGCAGAUUGGAUUGGGGGUGGUUGAAAGUAGUAAAUAGCAUUGCACAUUUUUUAUUACCAGAGUGGGAUAAAAACUUGUUCUUCUUCUAUUCUCACGCUCCCCCCCCCCACCCCCCCUUCUGUUCGUCUCCCUGAAUGCCUUACCAGUGUUCAGGACUAUCGUGGCGAUUUAUGUGCGGAGGAGCGAGGGAAAUAUAGGAGGUUGUGACGUAACGUAUUGAUGCGAAAUGGAGACAAGUUGGUGUGUAACUUUGGUCAUUCACAAAUUAUGGCAUUGAAUUCGUUCCAGCAUAUUUGCCACUCUCCGAUUUAUGUAACCUAACUUGCCAAGGAAGACUAAUUCUCAGGGAAUCUUUUGAGAGGAACAAGAGCCUCUGGCAUGCACUGCUUCCAUUCUUAUUUGCAUGAGAAUUGUCAAAAUGGCUGUAGCAGUUGAUCAACAUCACGGAUUCAAGACAUUUAGCCGAUCCCAGAGAUGCAGAUUACAGUCCUACACUCAACUUGAUUAUAACAUUCUUGCCCACUCCUUAAAACAUGCAUUCGGUGAUGCUAAUUUUCAUAAAAGCUUCUCCACCCCAUGUCUAUCCCUAACCACUGCAUCGGAGGAAGAUUUUGACACUAAUCCAAGAAUUGAGAUUGUUGGUGGCAGUAGGAUACCUAGGGUACAUGCUCUUGUAGUCGAGGUUGCCAUAUCUAUGGCGUCUGGUGCCGACCUCCUGCCAGUGUCAAGUGGACUAGGCGGUGCCUACUACUUAUGUAGCAAAAAUGGCGACAAUAUUGCUGUGGCAAAGCCCAUAGAUGAAGAACCUUUAGCUUUCAAUAAUCCUAAGGGUCUCGGAGGCAGGAUGCUGGGCCAACCUGGUUUGAAACGCUCAGUUCGGAUUGGUGAAUCUGGAAUCCGAGAAUUGGCAGCAUAUCUCCUUGACCACGGUGGAUUCGCUGGUGUUCCUCCAACAGCUUUAGUGAAAAUUUCUCAUGUUGCAUUCCACAUUAACAAAAAUGCAGGCGCAAUUUCAGCUUCACCCUAUAAGAUUGCUUCUCUGCAGCGCUUCGUGGAUCAUGACUUUGAUGCUGGAGAGUUAGGUUCUUCAGGCUUUUCAGUAGCUGCUGUCCAUCGUAUUGGAAUUUUUGAUGUAAGACUCCUGAAUCUUGACAGGCAUGCAGGGAACAUGCUUGUUAAGAAAUAUGAGCAGCACAACUAUGCAGCUGGGGUGCUUGAGCUUGUACCUAUUGACCAUGGUCUUUGCCUUCCUGAGUGGCUUGAUGAUCCAUAUUUCGAAUGGUUGCACUGGCCUCAAGCUUCAGUUCCUUUUUCCGAGUCUGAAAUCGAGUACAUAUCCAAACUUGACCCCUACAAAGAUGCGGAGCUUCUACGAACUCAGAUUCCUUCUUUCCGGGAGGCUGCUAUUCGUGUUCUUGUGCUAUGCACCAUCUUCUUGAAGCAGUCUGCUGCUUCAGGGCUCUGUCUUGCUGAUAUAGGAGAAAUGAUGACUCGGCAGUUCUGUGCCGACGAAGAAACAUUGAGUACAUUGGAGAAUUUGUGCAUGCAAGUUAAGAAUGCCAUGCCUACUAGAGACAACGAGAAGAAAGGAGAAAUCGGAGAAGUUGAAAUAUUUGAAUUUGACAAUGAAAAUAAAGAAGGGUUUAAUGAGAAUAUGGAUCUUCCGAGCCAUCCCGAAAUUAUUAUGUCAAGGUUUUUAUCAGCGGGAUCAAUGACUGGGUUGGCCGAUGCAUCUCUGUCUCCUCUAUUCGAGGAAAAUGAUCAAACCAUUGACAACUAUGAUAGAAACACUAUAACAGGCAGCAACAAUGUUGGUGAUGAUGGAACUACUAGUGAUGGUCGCGGUCGUAAGGUAGGGGUUUUGAUGAAGAGCGGGAGUUUCUCAGCAGCGACCCUCAGUUGUGAAACUCGGAGAGCAAUAUCAUUUGGAGACAUGAGUGGAGACGAAUGGGAAUUGUUCUUGGACCAUUUUGACAAGUUUUUGGCGCACAAACUGGAGGAGGGCAACAAGUGCUUGAGCUCGAAACUGAGGUUGGGAACUUCCUGCAACUUCUGAGAUUAAUCUUAUGGAGUGACUGUACAUUAUUACCAAAUGAAAUGAUGAUAGAUAGAGUAGAUUGUAAAUAAAUACAUACCGUUUUACCGAUUUACCAAUGUACCAUAGAUAGGUACAACCUCUAAAGGAGGAGUUGAGAUCGGUGGAAACGCCAUCCUUCCUCUCUAUGUACGCACCUGUCAGUCUUCUACGUUAUCUUGUAUUGUUGCCCUGCUGCACUGACAUAGAAUUGCUUCUCUUGCACAUGUUUUUGCUUGGGAAUUAUUGAAUUGUUCAGACGGUUGAUAUUGUUAACAA